GCCCAGGCGGACAGAGCCCUGGUUAUUUCAGUAACGCGACGGUCGUUCAUUAAAUUCGGAAGACACCCGCAACUGGUCGCUACUUUAGGGCGGGUCUGCUGCACCAUCGCGCGUUCUGCGACUAGGUGUACAUAGCGAUUUCGAACAAAAGACCAUCGGCGCCCUCUAGACUGAGCCGCAAAUAAGACAAGAUGGCGACAGGCUCGUCCGCGCUUCCUCGCGGAGCACCACCAGCUGGACUACCGUCCAAGGUUGUUCAGAUCCCUCCGAACCAGACCCUCUACGUGCGCAACAUCCGCUCGGACAAGGGCUACCAGAAGCAGGACAUGAGGACGGCAUUAUAUAUGUUGUUUUCUACCUACGGCCCUCUGCUUGAUGUCGUGGUACUCAAGACGAUGAAGAUGCGAGGCCAAGCUCACAUUGUGUUUCGAGAUAUACACGCAUCGACGCAAGCGAUGCGGUCUCUGGACGGCUUUGAUUUUUUCGGCUCCAAGCUAAAAAUCGAAUAUGCCAAGACAAAGUCAAACACGAUCGCAAAGCUGGACGGCACCUUCAAGUUGGUGAACCCGACGGCCGCGACCAACGUCGAGGUCACUGAGCUGCAGCACAGCAUCUUCAACGCACCCGUACCCGGAGCUACAUCCGCGUCUUCAGGGGCCGCAGGGCUUCCCUCGAAGCCGGUCUCGUCCGCCGACACCGUUAUGAAAGAUGCCGACGCGCCAGACAGCGGCAGGGGCCAGAAGCGGGGUAGGGAUGAGGAGGAGGAGGAGGAGGAGGACAGCGAUGUUGCCAUGGAGGAAGAUAGCGACGAUGACUGAGCACCAGCUCCCCCCCAGUGGAGGCGGGCUUCUCUGCGUCAUAGUAAAGGGAUGCAGUCAACGGAGCCCCUUUCCGUGCCGGGGAUCACGACGUGAUGAGCAGCGUCAGAUACCCACGAUACCCCUCCUCGGCUUAGGAGAGUGGAGCUUCGAACAUUCGACCCGGUAACCUUAGAGAGAGGCCAUCUCCCUUGGAACCCAGAGCCCAACGCACCCGCCCACCAGGCCCAGCCAUACCAUCAGGUAGUCUUCCUUGGAGCAGUCGAAAUUAGACAUGGCCUCACCGAGAAGACAUGGAUGGAUGAAGAAGGUUGGGACACCUGUGAUGGGAUGAUGCUGCGUGGCAAAAAGCGGCAUGUCAGUCGAGAAAUAGUAAAGGCUUUAACAUGGUCGCUCAUGCAUAUGCGAAAAGUUCCCCUCCCCCGUG